ACACGCAAUUGUAAAAAGAUUGUUGCGUUAGAAGCCAGUUUUUGCCUUUCCAGUCCCUGUUCCUGUUCCUGUUCUCGCUUGUCGUCCAUCUCCCCGAGUCAUUCAUUGUCCUGGCUGCUGCUGCUGCUUCUUGGAUUUGGAUCCCCACUGCAAAAUUCUUGUUUGCUCCCGUGGCGUUGCUUCACCUGCGACGGCGAGGGCGGCGGAAUUGAAGAGAGCGAGGGCGACAUCUGCUGGUAGUUGCGGUGCACUUGUUGCGGUCUGUCCUGCUCGUCCUCUCACAAGGCAAGUCCUCCAAGCCGGGAGAAAUCUUCGCCCGAAUACUCGCCUUUCUCCGCUCUCGAUUCGGCAGCGCCGCGGCGGCGAGCAUCCCGUGCAUGGGCGCAGAACGGUGACGCGUGCGCGAGAGAAGGGGUCCCAUGGAUGCGGCGGAGAGCAGCCGCGGCGCCGCGGGUGCGCGCAAGAAGUCAUGGCGGUCGGAGCUGGUGCUGGCCUACCAGAGCCUCGGCGUCGUGUACGGCGAGGUGGUCACGUCGCCGCUCUACGUGUACAAGAGCGCCUUCGCCGGCGGCGACAUCGAGCACUCGGAGGGCAAUGAGGAGAUCUACGGCGUGCUCUCGCUCGUCUUCUGGACGCUCACCCUCAUCACGCUCCUCAAGUACGUGCUCGUCGUGCUGCGCGCCGACGACGACGGCGAGGGCGGCACCUUCGCGCUCUACUCCCUCAUAUGCCGCCGGGUCGGCGCGGGGCUCCUCCCUGGCGCCGGCGACGACCUCAAGGGGCAACGCGGCGGCGCGGCGCUGCCUCCCGCGUCGAGCGUGCGCACGGCGCUGCAGCAGCGCAGGGAGCUGCAGUGGCUGCUCCUCCUGUUCGCCCUGCUCGGAACGUCCAUGGUCAUCGGCGACGGCGUGCUCACCCCUGCUGUAUCCGUGCUCUCGGCGGUUUCAGGGCUCAAGCUGUCAAUGGUCGAUGAACAACACCAAUAUGUUCUGCUUCCAGUAACAUGUGUGAUACUGGUAGGCUUGUUCGCUUUGCAACACUACGGCACACACAGGGUCGGAUUUCUCUUCGCGCCUAUUAUUUGCCUGUGGCUCCUCUGCAUCAGCAUCAUAGGGGUCUACAACAUCAUCUAUUGGAAUCCCCAUGUCUACAAAGCCCUUUCACCAUACUACAUGUACCGAUUUCUGCAGAAGACGCAAUAUGGAGGCUGGAUGUCACUGGGUGGGAUCCUUUUAUGUGUAACUGGUUCUGAAGCUAUGUAUGCAGACCUUGGACAUUUCUCACAGUCAUCGAUCAAGUUAGCUUUCACGAUGGUGGUUUAUCCGUCCCUCAUACUAGCCUAUAUGGGACAAGCUGCUUACAUUUCACGGCAUCACAGUUUUGAGAAGAACCACCAUAUUGGAUUUUACGUAUCAGUUCCAGAAAAAAUCAGAUGGCCUGUUCUGGGGAUUGCAAUACUUGCAGCUGUAGUUGGGAGCCAAGCAGUUAUUACUGGUACAUUCUCAGUUAUAAAGCAAUGUUGUUCCUUAAAUUGCUUUCCAAGGGUGAAGAUUGUGCAUACAUCUUCCACAGUACAUGGCCAAAUAUAUAUUCCAGAGAUCAAUUGGAUCUUAAUGCUACUGUGCUUGGCUCUUACAAUAGGCUUCAGAGAUACAAAGCACAUGGCAAACGCACAAGGGUUGGCAGUUAUAACAGUUAUGAUUGUCACAACUUGCUUGAUGUCACUCGUCAUUAUCCUUUGCUGGAAUAAGAAUAUUGUAUUUGCUCUUUCUUUCCUUCUUUUCUUUGGUGCAAUCGAAGCCAUCUACUUCUCAGCAUCCCUUGUGAAGUUCCAUGAAGGAGCUUGGGUACCUAUAAUUCUUUCCUUCAUUUUCUUGAUGGUGAUGUGCGUGUGGCAUUAUGGCACUGCAAAGAAGUACGAGUUUGAUGUGGAAAAUAAGGUGUCAAUAAGUUGGCUAUUGAAUCUAGGCCCGUCAUUGGGUAUUGUUCGUGUCCGAGGCAUUGGCCUGAUACACACAGAUCUUAUAUCUGGGAUUCCUGCUAUUUUCUCCCACUUUGUCACCAAUCUUCCUGCAUUUCAUCAGGUUCUGGUCUUUCUAUGCAUUAAAUCAGUGUCUGUACCACAUGUCCAACCGGAGGAGCGAUUUUUGGUGGGCCGCAUUGGCCUGAGACAAUACAGCCUAUACAGAGUAGUUGUUCGAUACGGGUACCGGGAUGUGCAGCAGGACAGCCUAGAGUUUGAGAAGACCCUGGUGAGCAGCAUUGCAGAGUUCAUCCGCUCUGGGGAUUCCGACCUAAAUGGUCAUCUGGAUGGUUCAGACAGUCCCUAUGAGAAGUUAUCUGUCAUCAGCAAAGGUCUACCAUUUCAGAAGGACGGAGAGCCUGAAGCAUCACCCGAAUCAUCCACUCCUACGGAGACAAACCCGAAAUUGGUAUCAUCCAAGUCGAGAAGAGUGAGGUUUGUGCUCCCAGAAAAUGCGCAGAUGAAUAGUGAGGUGCGUAGCGAGCUGCAGGAGCUGACUGAGGCAAGGGAGGCAGGGAUGACCUUCAUUAUGGGGCGCUCGUAUAUGAGGGCAAAGAGCGGAUCAAGCAUGAUCAAGCGGAUCGCCAUAAACUUCAUCUACGAGUUCCUGAUGAGGAACAGCAGAAGCCCUGCUUACGCGGCUAACGUGCCUCAUGUUUCCACACUUGAGGUAGGGAUGGUUUGCCAAGUCUGAUGUAGUGACCAUCACCAUGCCAAGUUGUAUAGAGUUAGAAACAGUUUAUCUCAUAUACCUGUAUAUAUAUAUAUAUAUAUAUCCUAACAAAAGUGAUAGAUGGUGAAGCAGGGCAUCAUUGGGGCCUGCAGGUGCAGAUCUUGGAUACAUGAAGUGUGCAUAGUUUUUUCUUUGUAUUCUUGUGUUUAGAGUUCAUCCUUGAUCUGGAUUUUUUUCAACUGCCGUUGUCGUCGUUGCUAUGAACUAAGGUGAUAGAGCACAGUGCAGGAGGGAGAGAUCUUUUGUGUACGUGAAUUGGUGUGUGACCAAUUAUUUGUAUUGGAUCAGAAUCUGAAUAAGUUGAAGCUGAAAUAGUUUUAUCAGACUUCAGAGAGGAGACUGAAAAUUUCUAUUGGUCACCAACUCACCAUGACAAUGAUUUA